AUGUAAACUUUGUUUACUGUCCAACAACUGGCUUGGCUGUGGGAGAAAAGCCUUCCGAGUUUGCUGGCUGGGCCUUCCCGUUUCCGGGAGUGUUUUUGCUGGAAGACUUCAUCACCGCAGAGGAAGAACGGCACAUGCUUGCUCUUAUGGACCAAAACCCUUGGAAGCUGUCGCAGUCUGGCCGAAAAAAGCAGGACUAUGGCCCGAAAGUGAACUUCAAGAAGCAAAAGUUGAAAGCGGGAGGUUUUACCGGGCUGCCCAGCUGCAGCCAGGAAAUUGUGGAGCGGAUGCGAGCUCUCUCCGUGCUCAAGGGCUUUUCCCCUGUUGAGCAGUGCAACUUGGAUUAUGGCCCCGAGAGGGGAUCCUCCAUCGACCCUCAUUGGGAUGACUGCUGGCUCUGGGGAGAACGCCUGGUUAGCUUAAACCUGCUUUCCACGACCGUGCUUUCCAUGUCUUGCGACUCGGACGAUCUUCUCCCGUUACUCCUCCUCCAAAACGAACAAACACACAGCUCUGGUUCCCUCGAUGAUGUCCAGGAUCGUCAACACCACACGCUUGAAGACUUUAGAAGCACCACAGAGCAGGAAGCCGACCCUUCUUUGGCCACGAAAUCAGUGCCAUUCAGAGAGGUCUCUGUUGAGAUUCGCUUGCCCCAGAGAUCGCUGUUGGUUUUAUACGGCCUGGCCCGCCACCAGUGGAAACACGGCAUUCAUCGCGACCAUAUUACAAGCCGCCGUGUCUGCAUGACAUUCCGAGAAUUAUCCGCAGAGUUCAGUCCCGGAGGAAAGCAGGAAGAAGUAGGGGGAAAACUCCUGGAAACGGCGCUGACCUUCCAAGGAAGGCCUGUCUAAGCUUUUUAGAGAAAGGAAUGAGAUUCUUGCUUGUUUCAACGCUUAC